AUGAAGUUAGCUAUCUACAACAUCGCCGUUUUUCUCGUAACGUUGACCUUUGCCAACGUCCAACUUGAUAACCCGAAACUCGACCGUCCAAAGUUCGACAAAUCACCAUGGGCGCGCAUUUUAGUGGGCCAUCCAGGUCAUAUCUAUAUCGUGGACAAAGUGGACGGGUUUCCAUUUUUGAUAGACAGGACGGUUGGUGGCAUACCCUCCUGGAUGGCCAUCAGGCCUCCGAAUCUGCUUUAUGCGGUUGAUGAGUCGUCAAACAAGGUUAAGGUUUACGAAAUUGACCUUAAUAACCGCAAGGCCACCUUAAAAGCUAUAAAGAAAGGAAGCUCCGGUGUCGUGCAUUUGCAAUUCGAUGCGAACUACACUCGGCUCAUUGGUAGUGCAUUCGGUCAAGGCACCAUUGAUGUGUGGAAUACAACAAACGGGAGUUUAGAACUGAUAAAAACUAUUGCUUCGCAAGUGCAACCAGGUUCUAGCAAGGAUCGUCAAGCAACUCCUCACCCCCACCAGGCAAAUGUUGAUCCGACCGGGCGGUUCUUUGUUAUCAAUGAUCUUGGUACAGAUUCUAUCAUGAUCAUUGAUUCAAAGUAUGACAAUUUCAAGGUCACGGGUACUACUCAGAUCUCACCUAGUGGCUGUGGUCCCCGGCAUGGUGUCUUCUAUCCGCAUAAGGCAGCCAGAGCAACUCAUUACAUUGUUGUUUGCGAGAUAAGUAACCAAGCCCUGGUCUAUACCGUAUCAUAUAGCACGAAUUGUCUCGAUCUUAAACAAAUUCAAAGGAUUUCUACCUUCGGUCCUGCUUCUCCGCCGGCAAAUGCUACCAGCGCUGCUGCUGGUGCCAUAGUCCUGGCAGCAAACAACAGAGAUUUGUAUAUCUCGAAUCGGCAGACUGGUAAUUUGACAGAUUCUAUUUCUCAUUUCCAGAUUAAGUCUCCAAAUUCAACCUAUCUUUCACUAGAUUUCACAAGCUCUGCUUCUACACACGGCCUCUCUCCGCGUGUAAUAAGCCUUGACAAAGGUGGGCAAUAUUUGCUCGUCGCUAACCAAGGCGGUGGCUUUGGACUUGUGGCUCUAGAGAUACAGGCCAACGGUAUGCUGAGCCGGGAUCCCUUCUCAGCUUUAGGGACGCCGGAGUUCUCUCCUCAGUUUAUUCAAGCAAUUCCCUAA